UGUGCCCCUCUCUCACUCUCCUUCUCACUCAUUUGCUCACAUUCUCUCACUUUCCCUACCAGGCUUCACACACACUGCAGGAUGUCGAUAGUGAUCAUUGUUGCCAGGGAGAUCCUGGACUCCAGGGGGAACCCCACAGUGGAAGUGGACCUGCACACUGACAAAGGUGUCUUCAGGGCAGCUGUGCCUAGCGGAGCGUCUACUGGCAUUUAUGAAGCCCUGGAGCUGAGAGACGGAGACAAGAGCCGCUACAAGGGCAAAGGUGUGCUCAAGGCUGUUGGUCACAUCAAUGACACCAUCGGUCCUMCCCUCAUCCAGUCGGGGGUCAGUGUGGUAGAACAGGAGAAACUGGACAAGAUGAUGAUAGAGAUGGACGGCACUGAGAACAAGUCUCAGUUCGGGGCCAAUGCUAUUCUGGGUGUGUCCUUGGCCAUAUGCAAAGCUGGUGCCGCAGAGAAAGGUGUCCCCCUGUACCGUCACAUUGCAGACCUGGCAGGAAACACAGAGCUAGUGCUUCCAGUUCCUGCCUUUAACGUUAUCAACGGGGGCUCUCAUGCAGGCAACAAGCUGGCCAUGCAGGAGUUUAUGGUACUUCCUGUAGGGGCGGAGUCUUUCAGGGACGCUGUGCGUGUGGGGGCGGAGCUGUACCAGACGCUGAGGGAAGUGAUCAAGGAGAAGUAUGGCCAGGACGCCACCAACGUGGGGGACGAGGGGGGGUUCGCCCCAAACAUACUAGAGAACACUGAAGCCCUGGAGCUGAUCAAGACAGCCAUUGAGAAGGCAGGUUUCACAGACAAGGUGGUGAUCGGGAUGGACGUGGCAGCCUCUGAGUUCUACAAAGAGGGCAAGUACGACCUGGACUUCAAGUCUCCGCCCAACGCAGACCGCCACAUCAGCGCCCAAGAGCUCUGCGACAUGUACCAGGGCUUCGUCAAUGACUACCCAGUGGUGUCCAUUGAGGAUCCGUUUGACCAGGAUGACUGGCCGGCCUGGUCCCAGAUGACAGCCUCCGUGGGGAUCCAGGUGGUGGGGGACGACCUGACCGUCACCAACCCCAAGAGGAUAGAGCGCGCCCUGGAGGAGAGGGCCUGCAACUGCCUGCUGCUCAAAGUCAACCAGAUUGGCUCUGUCACCGAAGCCAUCCAGGCGUGUAAGCUGGCUCAAGAGAAUGGCUGGGGGGUGAUGGUGAGCCACCGCUCAGGUGAGACAGAGGACACCUUCAUUGCUGAUCUGGUGGUGGGCCUCUGCACUGGACAAAUCAAGACUGGAGCUCCCUGUCGAUCAGAGCGGCUGGCCAAAUACAAUCAACUCAUGAGGAUUGAGGAGGAGUUAGGGGACCAGGCUCGCUUCGCAGGGCACAACUUCCGGAACCCCGCCGCCCUCUAAGACUCCUA